AUGAAAGCUUACGACCGUUACCAUCGCAUUAUCUUCGCACACGAGUAUGGCGAUGACUACUCUGAGCUCGACGAUUCGUCCACGAGUGCGACGUCGCAGAAUGGGAAAGCUGCGACCAAAUCUCGUGCGAAGGUGGUGGUGAUUGAGCGAGUCGACGUGCAAAUAGCGCGACCAGGAGAACCGCUGGAUGUAGGGGUGGAUGAGAGCUACACUCUCUCGCUCGGAGAAAAAGGAGAGCCAGGAGCUGCUGUAAUUAAGGCCAGCACAUCGUUUGGUGCCCUCAGAGCGCUAGAGACCCUCAGCCAGCUGUGUCGCUACCACCACCCAUCUCGGCUCGUGACUAUCUAUGGUGCGCCCCUGACAGUGGACGAUGCUCCCCGCUUCAACCACCGCGGGCUGCUGAUCGACACGGCGCGGCAUUUCCUCCCAGUGGUGGAGAUAGAGAGAGUGCUUGACGCCAUGUCUUAUGCCAAGCUGAAUGUUCUCCACUGGCACCUGGUGGACGCGCAGUCGUUCCCCAUUGAAACGCCCUCCUUCCCUCGCCUCUGGGAGGGAGCUUUUUCCCAGGCGGAGCGAUACACACUCAGGGACGCCAAACACAUCGUCAGAUAUGCAGCAGCACGUGGAAUCGUAGUCAUCCCUGAAAUCGACACUCCUGCACAUGCCACCUCAUGGGGGGUGGGCUACCCAGUGCUCUACCCCAGUCUCACAUGCAAGGAGCCUCUGGACGUGUCAAAUGAGUUCACAUUCGAGUUGAUCAAAGGCGUUUUCACAGAUCUUCGGUCAGUGUUCACAGGCAGCAGGAUACACAUAGGAGGGGAUGAAGUGAAGGAAGACUGUUGGAGGCAGUCUGAACGGAUUUCCCAGUGGAUGAGCCAGCAGGGAAUGCAGCCAAGGGAUGCCGUCCGCUAUUUCUCCAACCGAGUUCGAUCCAUUGCCUUGGAGUUGGGAUGGGAGAAGACUAUAGUAUGGGAGGAAUCAUACCAGGGUUUUUCAGAGGACCUUAACAAGACGACCACCAUCCUUCAAAACUGGUUGAAUGUUGACAUCCUUGGAAGCAUGGCUCGUGACAACUUUCGAAUUAUUUACAGCAAUGUGUAUGGCGGAUGGUACCUCGACUCUAUGGAUGUGGAUUGGAAUAGAGUGUACAGUACAGACCCGACACAGCACCUUGUAGUGGAUGGCUCUAUACCGGAGCAGUUAUUGGAAGGGGGAGAGGUGUGCAUGUGGGGGGAGAAGGUCGACUCGUCCGACUUCAUGCCGACCAUUUGGCCACGAGCUGCUGCUGCUGCUGGUGAGAUGACUGCUGCCGCUGCUGCUGGUGAGUGCGAUGCUGAACUAGCUGAGAAAACUUGCACUGCCACACUAGGAGUUGGCUAUUCUAAUGGAAGGGGAGCAGAGAAGAGGUGUGCAUGUGGGGGGAGAAGGUCGAGUCGUCUGACUUCAUGCCCACCAUCUGGCCGCGAGCUGCCGCUGCUGCUGGUGAGUGCGAUGCGGAAGUGA